CAUCCAAAUAUUGAUGCCAUGGUGAUAGAUGCUACAAGAGUUGUGCUGGGGUUUCUUGAGCGUCUUUUCUAUGUACUUCGGAGGUGGACGAAGUAGGUGGUCUGCUUUUGGGAUAAUUGGUGGUUUAACAUGGUAUCAAAGCAAAGAGUUUAGCAGAUAGGAGACUUAUGGAUCGCCUUAGUGGUUCUGCCCAUCUCAUGAUAGUUUCUGACCUUGAUUCUACAAUGGUUGAUCAUAAUGAUAAAGAGAACCUCUCUCUUCUUAGAUUUAAUGCACUAUGGGAAGCUUAUUACCGUCAUGAUUCGUUGCUUGUAUUUUCAACGGGAAGGUCCCCUACAAGUUACAAAAGGUUGAGGAAUGGGAAACCUUUGUUGACCCCUGAUAUAACUAUAAUGUCUGUGGGAACUGAGAUUACAUAUGGUGAAUCAAUGGUACCAGAUACUAACUGGACACAAUAUCUGAACCAGAAGUGGAACAGAGACAUAGUCAUACAGGAGACAGCCAAAUUUCCUCAACUUACUCCUCAGUCAGAAACUGAGCAACGACCUCACAAAGUUAGCUUUUUUGUGGAGGAGGCCUUGGAAAUAAUGGAUGUUCUAUCUGAACGUUUGGAGAAACGUGGUUUAGAUGUCAAAAUAAUUUAUAGCAGUGGGAAUCGUGGGAUUGCAUUGGACAUAUUACCACAAGGUGCUGGCAAAGGACAAGCUCUUGCAUAUUUGCUUAAAAAUUUCAAAGUUGAUGGAAAAGUUCCGAUAAAUACUCUUGUUUGUGGUGACUCCGGAAAUGAUGCUGAACUGUUCAGCGUUCCUGAAGUCUAUGGUGUGAUGGUUAGCAACUCGCAGGAAGAAUUGUUGCAGUGGUAUACACAAAAUGCAAAGAACAAUCCUAAUAUAAUUCAUGCCACUGAGAGAUGCGCGGCUGGGAUCAUACAAGCCGUUGGUAAUUUUUGUCUGGGUCCAAAUGUGUCUCCUAGAGAUAUUAGAGACUCCCAGAAAUGCAAAGUGGACAUCUUCAGUCCUGGUCAUGAAGUGGUGAAGUUUUAUUUCUUUUAUGAGAGAUGGCGACGUGCAGAAGUCGUUACAUCUGAGCAGUAUGUGCAAAAUCUAAAGUCAGUCUUUUGUCCAUUGGGUAUCUUUGUCCAUCCCUCAGGAGUUGAGCAACCUUUCCACCAGUGUAUAGAUUCUAUGACAAAGUUGUAUGGGGACAAGCAGGGGCACCGAUUUCGAAUAUGGUUAGAUCGAGUAUCUUCGGCACAAAUUGGUUCAGACACAUGGUUGGUGAAGUUUGAUAAGUGGGAAUUAUCUGGGGAUGAGCUGCACUGCUGUGUGACCACAGUCUUAUUGAGCUUAAAGCAGGCUGAGGUACCAGACGGGUUCACCUGGGUUCACAUGCACCAGACACGGCUGGAUGGUUCAAGAUCAAGAGACCAGACAGUCUUUUGUUUCUAGGUUUCCAACUAGGUCAGCUUUAUUGUCUGGACCCAAUAUUUUUCUCUUCAUAACACGUAUGUAAUAGUUUUCUGCAUCUAGGGCACGGCUGUUUGUUAGUUAUACCUGUUAACUAUGCUGGAUACAUCAAUAAAAUCAUCUGAUCUGCCACUGGUUUCUCAAUAA